CGCGUGUAAAUUAAAAGUAAUAGGUACAUGAAAAUUUUACAUUUUCAACACACAUAUGUAUGAUAAUAUAUUUUUUACAGAAUGAAUGGUGGGAUAGAGCGCCUCUAGACAUACCGUAGCUACGGUAUAGCAAUAUUACGGUAUAGUUCCAUGUCUGUAUAGCUAUACAGACAUGGAACAAACUUAAAGAUGUACUUACCUACCUGAUUGAAACUGGACUGCCAUUUGUUCUAAGAAUGUCAUGGAGGUAUCCAAGUUGUAUUGAAUGCAUUUAUUGUUAUGUAUCGUAGAUUCAUAUCCAGUGUACAUAUAUUUAUCUUAUAAAAUGUACUUAAAUGUGACACCGUAACAUAAUAAUAUAAUUUAAAUUAAAAAGUCCUUUAGUUAUUAACUGUUGAUUAAUUAUGCGUCGUGAUCUAUAUUUAACCAUAUAUCUAAUUUAUAAUUAUAUUGCGGGCCUUGCGACAGCAAAUCCAGAAAUCAAGAAUGUGGUGUUCAUAAUUAUUGACGAUUUCCGCUUUCCACCGGAAACAUCAGUUUCCCUACCAAAUAUUGAAAAAAUGGCGGCAAAUGGUAUUUAUUUUAAAAAUACUUUCGCACAGCAAGCAUUAUGUGCACCAAGCCGUAAUUCAAUAUUGACUGGAAGAAGACCCGACGCCUUGCGUUUAUACGAUUUUUAUAGCUAUUGGCGGUCAUCAGCUGGGAAUUUUACAACAAUUCCACAACUUUACAAAGAUAAUGGCUACGAAACGUACUCCGUUGGUAAAGUUUUUCAUCCAGGCAUUAGCUCUAACUACACAGAUGAUUUUCCUCUCAGUUGGACCUAUUUACCAUAUCAUCCACCCACAGAGAAAUAUAAAGAAGACGCUGUGUGUAAAGAUGAGACUUCUGGUAAAUACCAGAGAAAUCUAGUAUGUCCUGUAAGAGUUAAAGACCAACCUGGAAGAUCUUUACCAGAUUUGCAAUCCUUGGAAUAUGCUAGAAAUAUUUUAUCCAAAAGGCGUAGCAAACCUUUCUUUUUAGCAAUUGGGUUCCAUAAACCACACGUGCCACUCAAAUAUCCUAGAAAAUACUUACGGAGAGUUCCGCUCAAAAAAGUCCAUCUACCGAAAUAUCCGCAGAUGCCUGCUAAUAUGCCUCCAGUGGCGUGGCACCCCUGGACUGACGUGCGACGAAGGACCGACAUUCGCAGCCUCAACAUCUCUUUCCCGUACGGAACCAUGCCGCCUAAAUGGACCUUGAAAAUUAGGCAAAGCUACUACGCUGCCGCGACAUACAUAGACGACUUAAUAGGCAUACUAAUGAGCUAUGUGAAUAAAACAGACACUAUCGUUGUAUUGACUAGCGACCAUGGUUGGUCUUUAGGUGAAAAUGGUCUAUGGGCUAAAUACAGCAACUUUGAUGCUGCACUCAAAGUUCCUCUGAUAUUUAACAUCCCGGGAAAAGUACCCAAAUCCAUAGAAACUCCAGUAGAACUAGUUGACAUUUUCCCUACAUUGGUGCAGUUGAGUGGUAUAAAAGCUAACAUACCCAAAUGUCGACGUAUAGAUGAAUCAGUCCUUUGCUUUGAUGGCCAAAAUUUAGUUCCACUAAUGGAUGCUAAAUUCCCCAGUUAUUUAAAUUAUUUUGCAAUCAGUCAAUAUCCUAGACCAAGUGUAUACCCAAAGAAAACCUCAGACAAACCCCGUCUAAAGAAAAUAAAAAUAAUGGGUUACAGUAUAAGAACAAAAAGGUACAGAUACACAGAAUGGAUAUCUUUUAAUAGUACAUUAUUUACAAGGAACUGGAAUAUAACAUAUGGAAUAGAAUUGUAUGAUCAUAUGAAUGAUCCAGAAGAACAUAAUAAUGUGUAUUCUAUUUCUAAAUACAAAGCAAUAGCUUCAUUUCUAUCAAAAAAGUUAAGAGCACAAGUUUCAGUUUAAGAAUUAGUAGAAUUUAUUUAAAUUAUUUACAAUUAUGUCUAUUACAUUUAUGUCAGCUGCAUGUCAAGUGACCUUGUGCUAAGCAAUUAAUUUGGGUAGGUUUAUGUGGUAUCGACUGUACUAUAAAUAAAGGCACAGUUACAAAAUUGUUAGGUAAUUCUUUUGUCAUUCAGUUAAUCAGUCUAGUCUUAUAAAUACAAAUUAUUGCCACAACUAUCAUACUAUACUACGUUUUUCUUCUUGUGGUUUUCUAGCUUGGACCUCCAUUUCUUGCUGUUUGAACCUAGCAUAUAGUGCACUGCUGCCUAAUAUUAUUAUGUUGGAAGUCCACCAUAAAUAAUUCUUGGUUUCAUUGUACCAUUGUGUAGCCAUCACAGUUUGAGCGCAUGCUUUGGCUGUGCCUGAUAUAUUGUGGGUCAGUGGAGAUGUAACCUGGAAAUUACAAAUAAUAUUUAAUAACAUAUUCAAAAACCAGAUUAUGUGCUCUCUAUUACUUUACUGAUACUCAUGGGAUAAGUAGUUUUUAUUCUGUGUUUUCGUAUUUUGUUUUAUAGCAGCUAGUAUCUAACAAGAGUUUGUCUUCAGACAAAUUCUUGCUUAAUUAGCUAUUAGCGAUUUUAUCCAAUUAAUAAUUAUAAUUUUAUUCUCCAACUGUGUUCGAUGCACCAGCGAGUCAGCAUUCGAUCGCCGAAAGAGCAAUAAAUUUUUAGCUGUGUAA